AUGGCACAAUCAAGCGACAGUUUGGAUUUCUCAGGACUUUAUAAAUUAGAUGUAUUGAUUCAUUUGGACAUUACUGCUUAUAGUUUUUAUGAAGUGGGCCUAAAGAAAUUUUUGGCAUUUUCCAGUGAUAAAGAAUUAAUAUUUUUUUACAUUGAUGCACAAACAGAGAGAUUUGAAAGGAAUUAUGAUUGGGAUUUUAAAGACAAUCCCGUGCAUUGUAUGAGCUUUGAACCAAGUGGAACUUGGCUUCUUAUUUUAAGUGACCAGAAAGUACUUCUUGUUCCCUUUCUCCCCCUUUUUAUACCCCAAAACACCUUUGAUCAUAAAUGGUCUUUGUCAAGUGUUACAGUUCUCCCUAUUGUUAAUAUAUAUAAACCUACUUCAGUUGUCUGGUGGCUGACAAAAGAAUCCGAAAAUAUAUUAAUUAUAGGAACAAAGACUGGGACUAUAACAUUUUAUUCUCUAGAAUCUCAAUCAGUAGUUGGUGAAUGUAAGGUUUCAGGGGAAAUAAUUGAUUUGCAAAUGUGUUUUGAUGAUUCCUUAGAUUUAUUAGCCUUAUUGAUUUCCAAAAAUAAGUCACAGCAUUGGAAGCUUGUAUUGGAACACAGAUCAUUUGGAUAUAAUUGGCUAAAUCAAAUGCGAUUGCAACAAGAUAAGGAUAAGAGAGACAGCUUCAUGUCUUACAUAAUACAACUGUCCAAAGAUCAAAUCACUUUUUUUACCCAAGGUGGAUCUAAGGAUGGUAAGUCACACACUGUGGAAUAUCAUUUAAAACCUACUGAAUAUUUGCCUUCAUUCCGCAAAGAUACAAACAAUUGGGCUUUAACUGCACAGUAUGUUAAUGGAAGACAUUUUCUCACAGCAUUUGAGUUAAAUGAAGGAACCCUCAUUCUCGAAAGUCCUGAUGAAGACAUUCCAUCCAGGGUUUUAAGGCCUCGCAUAAAAAAAGAAGGAACAUACAUUCAGGGUCUUUGGUCACAGAGACUUGUUUAUUUAAUCAGGAAGAAUGAAUUGGAAGUCCACAGUGCAAGCUUUUCAGUCAUACAAGGAGAAGCUUUAUUGGGUGCCAAAAGGGAAUUCUCCGAGCUUUGGUCCGCCGAGUUGAUAGGCGACGUGCGUCGUGCGCACCUCAUGUCGGCGAGAGAACCGCCGGCCAUAACGGGCGGAUGGCGGGAACCGACCUUCCUGUGCGACUUACAACUGCCCCGGUUCAGUCUGGAACCCUGCUUGAUCAUCACUGAUUGCGGAGCGUACAUUCUGAACACUGUUUGUGAUCCGUGCGAGUGGUUGGUCGGCAUAAUGACACGGGGCGGGGCGGGCGCGGAGCAGGCCGCUGCCGCACUCGGCGCGCCGCUGCCCGCCCUAUUACGAGCCGCGGCGGACCUGCUCCUGUCGCGGGGCAAGGUCGCGCCGGCGCACUAUCUGUACUCGCUCUCCCAGAGUCAACCGGAUGGUUGGGUGGCACGCCUGGGUAUAUUCGGCCGCCUCCACGAAUUGUCUAUGUACAAACAAACGGGAAAUGAAGCCAGCCUCGGGAAUGCCGCUAUUACGCUGAAACUGUUGGCUUUACUGCUUAAAAUGGCCACUAAUCACGUGGAGAAACUCGAACCGGAUGUUAAAUUCACAUCACUGACUACUAAGGAACUAUCAGAGCUAUCUUCAAUAGCCGCAGCAAUUGGCCUUUGGGAAGAAUUACCAAAGUUCAGCGUUCACCGUGGCCAACCAAACUUAAUACUCGCCGCUGUUAAAGUGAGAAAAGACAUAUGCAGAGGAACACUGAAUUAUUUACUGGAUCAAACAUGUCUUGUGCCACUGUUGCUAGAGGAAAAUCCAAAGUGGCUUUUUGAUUUUCUUGUAGAGCGAUGCAACAAGUUCGAUACGAUAAUUCUGAAGCGUAUUUGUUUAUGGCUGAAUCCGUUACAAGAUCAAUUGCGACCGCUUAUACGCGAUAUGCAGCAAGGGAUUACGACAGUUUAUACUUCAAGAAUGCUACAAUUGAUAGCUACUUUCAUGCACGUCGCUUGCGAAUUCGAAACGAGGCAUCCAUGCCCUGAUAUACACUUAGAGGUGACACAAAACGCGGAUACUUGGAAGAAUCAAUUUGUACAAAGAAGGUCCAUCAGUUGUGGCUUAUCACAUUGGUCAGUAGCAGAUGACGGAAACGCCAAAAUAAUGAUGACGAACACUCCGAUAAACACGGAUAUUAUUGGGCGGGUCAUUGAUGUCGCCUGCGGAAGACAUCACACUUUAGUUCUUACCGAAAACGGGGUGUACUCAGCAGGCGACAAUUCAUACGGCCAGUUAGGCGUGGGUACUUCUUGGCCGGGUGCCAUCGGAGACGCGGCUAGUAGUGCGGGAUCACUGUUCCACGUACCGUUCCAGUGGACGGCGCCUUCAGUAGGCGUGGCGUGCGGGCAUUACCACUCCGCUGUCAUAGACGCGGGCGGACGACUUUAUACUUGGGGAUGGGGCGUUCAUGGUCAACUCGGCCUCGGCAGUAUAGAUGACGAACACAGUCCAAAAAUGGUCACGAAGUUUCAAGGAAGGAAGGUCCUGUCAGUGGGUUGCGGGGCUUGCCAUACCGUGGUGUUGAUGAAGAACGGCGAAGUGUGGGCGUGCGGCGCUGCCGUGUUCGGCCAGUUAGGCUCCGGCAGUCGCGAGAAGAGUUCCUUACCGGUACGAGUUGUGUUACCGGAGGCGAUCGAAACUAUAGCUGUGGGGUAUUUCCAUACUUUGGCACUGACGUCCAAAGGCCAGCUGUAUACGUGGGGCGCUAGUCCGCAACAAGUGCGGGCCUCGAAUGCUCGUCGCGCCUCGUCCCCUACCGAGCCCGCCUGCGACCCUCCCCUCGACCCGCACCUCGUGCCCGCGCCAGUAGACACGCACUACGUCCGCGGCCGCAUCCUGCAGAUGGCAGCUGGUUGGCAUCAUUCGUGCUUGAUUGACAAUUUUGGUUCUUUAUACACAUGGGGAUUGAACUUCGAUGGACAAUUAGGUAGCGGGGAUCGUAAACAAGUACUUAUACCCACCGAGGUGCGAAUCAAUGACGAUUCUCAACCGACCAAAAUCAAUCCGAAGACACCGGACAUAGAGAACAAAGACUUCCAAAGUAAAGCACUCGUUGCUUGCGGCGGUGACUUCACCGUGUACGUUAACGACGACGGCCGUAUAUACGCCUCAGGGAAUCAUCAGCAGGUCAACAGCGAGAAAGAAAAGGGCAGUAAUCGCGUUAUAAUGAUGAAAACCACUAAACGUGUUAUUAAGAUUCCGGCAAAUCGAAACGGUAACAAGUUUCUGUUCCAGUACGUUGAUAGAAUAGACAUAAUGUUUCCAUUCGACAUCGACGGUUCUCAAAGAAAACCCAUUGAGAACAGACAGAAUCCCCUGACGAGCUUAAACGAUUUCAAUAGAAAAUCAUGGGCAGAUGACCUCAUUUUAUUGCUAAAGCCAUGGAUAAAUGAAAAGGAUUUAAUAGGAAACUUGAAUAUGUCCGCAAAAUUCGCCUUCCACUGCAAUGUCUUUUCGAAUUGUUUAAAAUUGCUCUUGGAAAACUUGAAGACCGUCCCAAAAGAUGACUGCUUGUAUCUCAAUCAUACAGAUGUCGAUGAAGAUUUUGACAAAGAAGUAGACCACGUUAAAAUUAAUGACGAUUUCAAAAUUACCAUAUCAAAUGUAGUGUCGAAACGAAUCAAAGAAGUGUCACUAAGCAUCUUGAAUGAAGCACCCUAUCCUGAGAUAGGUACAGCUAUGUUUCAAACACUACCUUGUUGUUGUGACGAAUUCAAGUAUCUACCCAAGGAACUUAAUCCUAAUUAUGUUGUAAAUAUUACGGAACGCAACUUGUCGGUGAAAGCAGCCAGUAUCAUAGACAAAUGUAUGACUAUUUUCCCGGUCGACACAAAACUUUGGGAAACUUGUUUCAAACUGUCCAAAGACUAUUUCAUAGACAACAAUUUGUCUAUACCAGAUUUAGAGUCGGUGCUUCGUAAAUACAUGGAAAGUAACGCAACGACAAUGGCAGCUGCUAUAAUGUAUUCAAAUGAUUGUAUGCAGUAUAGCGAAAUUUUGUCACCAAAAUUCUACUUGAAUAUGUGCAGCCAAGUUCUGGACACUUGGGGCUGA